CACAGCCAUCUGAUGGUGUGCGCGUGCCACCUAGUGUCGAAUAAAAAAUCACUAAAAAGUAAAUACUGGUUGAUUAAAAUUAAUUAUUGGUUUGAGUACAAACAACUUUCGUCCUUAUUGAUAAAAGGGAUUCUUAAAAAAAAAAGGUUUUUUGCUGUAACUUUUUCAACCCCUACUUUGUCAUAUUUUACAUGUCUUUGUGUAACAAGAGCCUUAACAGUUACAAGUUUACAACAGUUUAACCACAAAACCAUGGAUGUCACGGAGUCGAAAGGAUUUUACAGAUUUAAUGGAAGUAGUGAAAAGAAUUUAGAUAUGUUUCCUCCACCACCACAAACUUAUGUUCCAAGCUCGCCCACUUUUGACACUCUCUAUGGUAAACCAGUUCAAAAUAUAAAAAGUGUCCCAUCGGCUCAUUUCAGCUGGCAGGGAAGGAAUUGGAGAAGCGAUGACGAGACGUGGCAUGCACCCAAGCAAGCUGUCCUUCCUCCAAUAGGUGUUUUCUGGGAUAUUGAAAAUUGUCAGAUUCCCCAUGGGAAAUCUGCAUUAGUUGUUGCACAGGCAAUAAGAGCUAAAUUUUUCGAGGGAUACCGUGAAGCAGAAUUCCUUGUUGUAUGUGAUGUUAAAAAAGAGAGCAAUCAAGUCAUUCAGGAAUUGAAUGAUGCACAGGUUAAUUUGAUGCAUGUGUGUUCUAAAAGUAAAAAUGCCGCUGAUGAAAAAUUAAGACAAGCUUUGAGGAGGUUUGCUGAAAUCCAUAGUUUUCCCUCUGCGAUAAUUUUGAUCUCGAGUGAUAUUGAUUUUGCCACGGACCUUUCGGAUUUGCGGCAUAGGAAAAAGAUACAUAUAAUUUUAUUACAUGCAAACUCAUGUUCAGAGUCAUUAAUAAUGUGUGCCAAUGAACAUUAUAAUUUUGGGGAAUUGGUGAACCCCUUACCAUCUAGAGGAUCAUUUCAGGACACUGAUCAAACAACAGAGCUUGUUGUUUGGUAUCCUUACAAUUGUGAUACCAAAAAAGUGAAAAUGAGGUUGAAAUAUCUUUCUCAGAAUUGCGGUGGAAAGAUAUCGUUUGUAUCUGAGUUUUAUGCGAUUAUUUCAUUCCCAACAAUGGAUUCAGCGAUAAGGGCUCACAAGAGAAUGAAAGGAGAGACAUUAUUUGGAAGUGAGAUUACAAUAACUACCCCACAUUUGUUUCUAAGCAAGAAAAAUAAUGGUUCUUAUCCUACGUUUACAAGUUUUGAUGGAUUGGAACAAAAAAGUAGAAAGCGUUCAUUGCCAUUAUGGUACACACCAGAUGAAAGACAUUUCAAUGGAGAAUGCAAAAGUUUCAAUGAAAUUGGAACUUACAAUACACCGCAAGAAUUGCUUAAUAAUUAUGUUUAUAUGGGAUUUAAUGUGACAAAUGAAUUAUUUGUCUCUCCUUGGAACAGGCCUCACAUAAUUACACAAAAUGAACAAAUCAUAAAUCCUUCUGGUGCAGGUAAUCUGUCUAUUGAAGAAAUAUCAGAGCAAUCUUCUGCAUUUGAACGCUUCAAAAAUAAUCACAGUGGAUUUAGUUGCAAUGAAACAGCCAAUUCUGAACUGAAGAUAAGUGUUUUGUCUAAUUUCCAUCCAGUAAACAAUGGAAUAGAUAAUGUAACUCAUCAGUGCGACCCAUUGAUAAAUAGUACCAAAGACAGGCAAACAGCAUUCGAAGUUUUAUUAUCAAUUGAUGAAAGUUCUAUGCAAUCAUCUGUGAGUGAAACAUCCACUGUACAAACCGAUAACGAAAUUGCAAGCUCUUUAAAGCCACCAGUUGAAAGAUUAUCGUCUUUACUGUACAAUAAUAGCAAGGAGAAACUUGCUGUUGCAAAAGAUUCCAUUCCUGAUGAUUCUAUUUCCACCAGACAAAACAAACAUAAAAUUAUGGGUCAUUGCUUGAAACACACGAAAAAAGAGUGUGUUGAAGAGUGCAAUGAUAUGACAGUUUCACCACUGUCAAAAAUAGUAAUCUGCCUUAAGACAUUUUCAAAAAAUGUUCGCACACUUCUACAUUCCCAUGAUAACAUCCUCCCGCUCCAAAGUUUUUUUUAUUGUUACACAACUGAAUUUGGAGAGUUGACAAUAAGUGAUGAAGGGGUACCAUUGGAACACCUGGUCACGUGUAUCGACAACGUUGAGCUAUCUGUGUCAAAUGGUAUAAAAUACUUACAACAGUCAAUUACUAAAAUGAAUGAAGAGUUUGUGGAUACAGGUAAUCUCUUACCAUUUCGCAGCGAAACAUUAACAAAUGCGCUAACAAUUUUUUGCUGUGAGGUCAUUGACUUGAUAAAGACUCAGCCAUAUUGUCAAAUACCAUUUGAUAAAUUCAUUAAAUGUUAUAAUCAUUAUUAUGGAAGACAAUGUCAUCUGGCUGAUUAUGGGUUUGCUCACCUGAAAAGUUUAUUUGAAGCUGUAGCCGAUGUGAUCCAGGUAAUGGGCGAAAGUAAUUCAAAAAUAAUCACACUGACACACAAGACACAGAUGAGGAGGUUCUCUUUGGAUUUUGUUAGAAUAUUACGGCUCCAAACUGACCAAAAAAUCUUGCUAUCUGAACUUCCUUCAAUUUUCGAGAACAUCCUCUUACAUCCUUUCAACCCGGUUGACUAUGGUGUUUGUAAAGUUGAAGACCUCAUUAGUUGCAUUUCAUCUAGUCUUUUAACUAGCCCAGCUGAUAAUGACAUUAUAAUUUAUUUAAAAACAAAACAAUCAAAAGAUAAGACAUGCAAACUCAACAAGUCUCAAUGUUUGAAGAAAGGAAAAAAUAAAAAGGAAAGUCAAUCAUUAACUGAAAAAUCUGAUUCAGUGGUUACCAAAUUAUCUAAUCUGUCAAUUGCUCCAUCUGACGUUCAUCAACCGUCUUCAUGUUCUCCAAAUUCAUCUUUACAAGACAAACCUACAACUUCUAAGUCCAAACGAUCUCAAUGGGAAACUUUAUUGGAUUCUCCGCCUUGUGAUAACACUGCAAGCUCAUCCACCAGUGAUUUACCACCGUCAACAACUAGCCACACUAAGAAAAAUGGCCAAUUAAUCAUUUCACCGGACCCUUCAAUACUUCCACAUCCAAAUAUCCAUCUCAAAUCCAAGCCCUGGAUCCGGCAUGUAGAACACCAAACAUAAAGAUGUAAAUUUGAUAUCACCACCAAAUAGUGGUAAUAAUUGUUCGCCGAGAUUGGCUGCAUAAUUGACUCCUGACGAUAAUGAACAACGAUAAAUGUAUAAUUACUUUUAAAUUGCAGUUCCUCAACCCGGUUAUAUUACUGGUGAUAUUGUGAUAUGAUAACUUAAUUUUUCUCAAUUUGAUUUACCAUUAAGGAUAUUUUAAUCUAUUCAAACUUUAAAAAUUUUAAUGCCAAUUAACUGACAAUUUGUAUUGUACUUCAGUUAUCUUGACAUAGUGUGAGAAACUUCAAACUUUGGUUGUCCCAAAAAAUGUUUGAAUAUUCAAUAUAUUCACAUUGAAAUAUUUACAUUCAAUAUAUUGGAUAUGUCAAUAUUUAGGUAUAAAUUUGGUAAUUUGAAGUUUUCAAGAAAGGGUUUGAACGUAUAGAAUCCGCAAGUGCACUCUACAAUCAUUUUAAUAUCUCUUUUAAGUAAUUAAAAGAUUUUUCAGUACAAAUUAAACCAUUUUUCAUUAUGUAUUUAUGUUUUUAUAUUAUAUGUAAAUACUCUUUUUUUCUUUUUUCUUUUUUUGUCAGUUCAGAUUAGAAACUUAUCUCCCUUAAACCAAUCUAUUUUCUGCUUGAAUUUGAUACUUUAUAAGUUAUCUCAUUACUUAUUUUAUCUAAUUUUUGUAAUGUACGAGAUAUAAUUAUAGUAUAUUGUAACAAUUGAUUGUUCGGUCAUUUUGCAAUAUUGCAGUGACCAUGUCAUCAUACUCUAUUUAUAUCACUAUAAUUACAAAAUUAUGUACAUCAAGUGAGAUUGUAAUAAUUACAUUAUGAUUGGUGCGUAGAGGAGAGAUAUACGACUUGUAUCUAUAAAUUCAGUCAUUCCAAAUACAAAAAUAAGUAAAAAUUCCAAAAAAAAAGCACAAUGUUUAUAACUUUGAGUGUGAAACUACUUUAAUAGAGUACAAAGAUAAAUUGAAUUAAAAAUAGUGGAUAAUGCUCAAAAUAUUAAAAAAGUUAUUAUACAGCGGUGAUUUUUACUUAAAUAAAUUUUUGAGGGGUAAUGUUGUUAACUUGCCCAUUUUACUUGUUCUUUAAUCACCAUUGACUGACUAUCAUAUAAAAUAAUUUAUGUAUAAAUAUUAUGUUUAUAUUUGAAAUUGUUACUCAACAACAAAUCAUCAGACCUAGGUUUUAUGUGUAAAUCACAAAUGAAUUAUAAUAUGUUAUUGUAAUUUGUUAAUUAUUUACAUUUCAUUUUAGAAAGGUAAGUUGAUGAUUUAUUAUGUGAUUGUUUUAUAGAAAUUAGGCUCUGUUGACCAGGGAAAAUUGUUGUUGUUAUGUUCUAAUUUAAUCUCAAAUUGUACAAAUAACUUUUAAACCUUUUUUUAAGUCAAUUGAGUGGUGUUGUUCAUAAUUGUUUUACAUGAUCAUUUUUUUUUCUUCUUUCUUUUUUUUUUUGUAAGCGAUCAAUUGAAAAUAUUUACCUGUAUCUGACCAAUUACCUGAUCUGAACGCGUUAAUAAAAAAAUAUUAUUUCUUAAAAAUUUAUAAUUAAAUGUAAAUAAUCUUUUAACUGUGUAUAUGCCAAUAAAUGGUGACAACUUGAAACAUGUCAGCCUCUUUUCAAAAUUGUAAAUAUAUAUUAAAAAAAAAAAAAAAA